AUGGGCCGCGGCCCCGCCGCCCUCUACGACGCGGCCUCCGCCGCCUGCAGACGCCGCGGCCUCCGCCGCCUGCUCAGCCGCGACCCCGCCGCCCGCUACGACGCGGCCUCCGCCGCCUGCUCAGCCGCGGCCCCGCCGCCCUCUACGACGCGGCCUCUGCCGCCUGCUCAGCCGCGGCCCUGCCGCCUCCUACGACGCGGCCCCGCAGCCUGCUCAGCCGCGGGUGCUUCCAACGGCCCUCCGCUGCAUCCUGACGGCCCGCCGCUGCACCCUGCGGCCCCGCCACUGCGCCUGUCCCGGCUCCGCCACUGCACCCUGACGGCCCCGCCGUCCCCUGUCUCGGCCCCACCGCUGCACCCUGACGGCCCCGCCGUCCCUUGUCCCGGCCCCGCCACUACACUGCACCCGAGCCGCCCAGCAGCAGCCGAGCCGCCCUGCAGCAGCCGAGCCGCCCAGCAGCAGCCGAGCCGCCCGGUACCUGAGCCGCCCGAGCCGCCCGAGCCGCCCGAGCCGCCCGAGUCGCCCGAGCCGCCCGAGCCGCCCGAGCCGCCCGAGCAGCCCGAGCCGCCUGCUGCUGACCUACCCGACUCUCCCAUCCCGGUGAGACUUUCAGCUGCUGCCAUGGCCACCCCCAAUGUUCUCACUUUUGACGCUGAGGGGAGGGCCAUUGACUUUGCCGUCUGGAUCGAGGACCUGCAGCUAUACUUACUGUGUGAUGCGGUAGAUGAGGUCUCUCUCUUUGACUUUGUCUCUGGCGCUGUCCCUGCCCCGCCUGCUGAUGCUGACUCUGCCGUUCGCUCCAAGUGGGCGACCCGCGAUGCUGCUGCACGUCUUGCUGUGCGUCGCCACCUCCCUUCCUCUGAGCGUGCCCACUUUAGUCAGUGCAAGACCGCUCAGGCCUUGUACGACGCUGUAGUUGCGCGCUACUCCUCCCCUUCCUCCGCUACCCUUAGCCGCCUCAUGCUACCGUUUCUCUUCCCUGACCUCGCUUCCUUUCCCACUGUCGCUGACCUCGUUACCCACCUCCGCGCUGUUUCUCUCUGUCUGUCCCACCACUCUCACUGUCGACCUCCUUGA